UAUGUUGCCAGGAUAUCUCUAUAAAGCAUGGUUUCGUUGUUGUUCCGAUAAUUUCCAGAUUUGUAGAUAUCAAGGCCGUCUCGACGAUGCAAAAAAAUUUUUGGAUGAGGCCAUAAAGAUUUCUUCGGAAAAUAAUAAUAAAGAAGAUUAUUAUACCACUCGAGUAUAUGAAGCAGAUUGGUUAUUAGCUAUAGGUCUUUUGAAUAAGGCGAUUGAUGAAAUAUUACUUCCUAUAUUAGAAAAUCAUGAAAUAUCAGAUGAAAUUAGAGGAUUUUUACUACCCUUACGAAAUGCUUCUGAAAGUCUUUACCAGUAG